UAGUGGUCAGGCAUAGGACCGCUGAUCGCUGUUUGAACAAGAGUGGCAACUUGAUUGGACACCAAUCAGGAAGUUAUUCCACGUCUGCCAUGGUUUUUGAAAUGAGCGAGUUUGAAAUAUUUCAAAUUACAUAGUGUGUAACCCAUUUUUUUUUUUUUGUGGGUCUACGUUACAUAACUACCCGGUUUCAAAUCCACGCGUCCACUGUGUCAUGCAUCAAUAGACGCCAACUCAGCGGCCAGCAAACUCUUUGAAGUACAAGUACAACGCUUGCAUGAUACUGGCUAGAUAUGCUAAGGGCUAAAUCACAAGGUUCAAAUAAUCAUUAAAUGUGCUCACUAACAACAUUUUGAAAAUAGGGGGAAGAAAUCAUCAUGGCGGAGGCGCGGAGUCUCCUCCUCGUUCUCGUGGCGGUCGUCAGCUUCACUGGGAACGCCGCGCAGAGGACAGUGUGCACUCAAGAAGCCGUGGCCGACCUGGUCUUCAUGGUGGACGGAUCGUGGAGCAUCGGCACAGAGAAUUUCAAGCAGAUCCGCCAGUUUUUGUCCACGCUGGUCAACAGCUUCGACGUAGGGCCCGACCGUGUCCGCAUCGCUUUGAUCCAGUACAGCAACACACCAAGAACAGAGUUCCUGCUCAACACCUUCCAGAAGAAGGCCGAGAUCCUCCAGUAUAUCAGUACGCUGCCCUACAUGGGCGGCGGCACUCACACGGGUCAAGGCCUAGACUUCAUGUUAAGUCAUCAUUUUGUGGAAGAGGCCGGGAGCAGGGCGAGCCAGAAUGUGCCCCAGAUCGCUGUGGUUAUCACCGAUGGAAAAUCCCAAGACAACGUAGAGUCGCAAGCUCUGGAGCUAAAGAGAAAAGGAAUCAUCUUGUACGCCAUCGGGAUUAAAGACGCAGACGAAGAUCAGCUGAGGGAGAUCGCCAACGAACCGCACAGUCAGCACGUCUACAGCGUGUCCGACUUUACCGCGCUCCAGGGAAUUUCUCAGAACAUCGCUCAAACCUUGUGCACAACCGUGGAGGAAGUCAAACGACAACUUCUGCAGUUGUAUCAAGAAUGUGCCAAAGCCUCCGUGGCCGAUGUAGUCUUCCUAGUGGACGGAUCUUCUAGCAUUGGUAUUGAGAACUUCCAGGAGGUCCGAGGGUUUCUCCGAACCGUGGUGGACAGUUUUGACAUUGGUCCCGACAAGGUCCGUGUGGGUUUAGCACAAUACAGCGACGAAACCUUUCAAGAGUUCCUGUUGAAAGAUCACAUGGAUAAGAAGUCUGUACUCGACCAACUGGACAAGUUCCCCUAUCGAACGGGGGGCACGGAGACGGGCAAGGCCAUGGACUUCCUGCGGACUGAGUUUUUCACGGAAAGCGCCGGUAGCCGAGCGAACCAGAGAGUGCCCCAAAUCGCUGUGGUCAUCACUGAUGGAGACUCCGCCGAUGAAGUGUUGGCUGCCGCACAGCGCCUCAGACAACACGGGGUCAUCGUCUUUGCGAUUGGAGUCGGACAAGCCAACAUGGCUGAGCUGGAUGCCAUCGCCAACAGACCGUCUGAUCACUUCCGCUUCUACAUCGACAGCUUCCAAGCCCUUCAGAGGCUGAGCGACAGUCUACUGCAAACCGUGUGUACUUCCAUGGACAACCAGAGGCAAGCUUUGUCUGAAAGGUUUUCGGACAUCUUCUUCCUGGUGGACAGGGGAGUGAGUCAAGGUGACUUCCAGCAGAUCCGCAGUCUCCUCGUCCGAUUAACCAACCAACUGAACUUUGAAAUCUCGGCGCAUCGCCUCGGCCUGGCUCAGUACGGUCAAGACGUCAAGGUGGAGUUCCGCCUGAAUACUUACCAGACCAAAGACGAGAUCGGCGCCGCCAUCCGCCGCUUCCGCCUGCAAAAACUGCAGCCCAACGAGCCACGCAAACUGGGCGCAGCGUUAGAGUACGCCAGGUCGUAUUUCUUCACCAGCCAAGCGGGAAGCCGGGCCGAGCAAGGCGUCCGACAGUUCCUGGUUAUCAUCAGCGGGAAGGAGUCCGACGACGACGUCUACAAGCAGUCCCGCUUACUCAAGGCCGAGGGCGUGAACGUGGUGGGUCUGAGCCUCGGAUCGUUCGUCCCGCAGUUGCGGGACGUAGCCUCAAGUGGUGCCGACGUCUACCGGUCCACGGCCAAUAUCCUUCCUUCUCUGAAGACGGCUUUUGAAGGCCAGGAGCAGCAGGUCAAUCUUACUGGAGAAUGCAAAGGAGCCAAACUGGCAGACAUCGUGUUCAUCAUCGAUGAGUCAGGAAGCAUCGGAACCCCAAACUUCCAGCUGGUACGCACGUUCCUGCACUCGGUCGUUAGCGGCCUAGACGUGGCUCCGUCCAAGGUGCGGGUGGGCAUCGUGAUGUACAGCGACAAAGCCAAAGCUCAGGUCUACCUCAACACCUUCGACGACAAGAGCGAGUUGCUUAGUUUUAUCAAAAUAAUGCCAUACCACGGCGGCGGCACAAAUACGGGAGUCGCCCUCAAUUUCACACGGGAGCACGUCUUCACCCAAAAAAGAGGAAGCAGAAAGGACAAGGGCGUCCAGCAGGUGGCGGUCGUGAUCACAGACGGGAAUUCGCAAGACGACGUGAGCAACGCGGCGGUGGCCCUCCGUCGGGCCGGCGUCACCAUCUACACGUUGGGGGUCAAAAAGGCCAACCACGCCCAGUUGGUGAAAAUGGCCUCCCACCCCCCCAGCAAGCACGUUUUCACCGUGGACAGUUUUGCCAAACUCCAGGUGCUGGAACAGAAGCUGCAGAACAUCGUUUGCCACAACAUACUGCGGCAAGCGGUCAGCGUCAACGUGAGAAGGAGUAGCAUCAAGGAAGGCUGCUUGCAAACUGAUGAGGCGGACAUCUUCUUCUUGAUCGACCACUCCGGAAGCAUCUACCCCACCGACUUUUACGACAUGAAGAAGUUCAUCAUCGAAUUCAUCAGCACCUUCCGCAUCGGGCCUCAGCACGUCCGCCUGGGCGUCGCCAAGUACGCAGAUGCGCCGAAUUUGGAAUUCGAUCUGACGGCCUACGCGGACGCCAAGAGCCUGGAGAAGGCGGUGGAGGCCAUCGUGCAGGUGGGGGGUGGGACGGAAACCGGAAGAGCGCUGGAGUUCAUGGCCCCGCAGUUCGAUCGGGCCGGGGCCACUCGGGGCGCGAAGGUUCCGGAAUACCUGGUGGUCAUCACGGAUGGGAAAUCCUCUGAUGACGUCAAGGUGCCUGCGCAGAAACUACGAGCGCAGGGUGUCAUCAUCUAUUCAAUCGGAGUGAAGAGCGCCGACAUGAAUGAACUUCAGGAGAUUUCCGGCGACCCCAGGAAGACGUUCUUUGUCAAUAAUUUCGACGCUUUGAACCCCAUCAAGGAUGACAUAAUCACUGACAUCUGCACCACAGACGCUUGCAAAGACGUACCUGGGGACCUCCUGUUCUUGAUUGACAGCUCCGGGAGCAUCUACCCGCAGGACUAUGAAAAAAUGAAAGACUUCAUGAAAUCUGUGGUCAGCAAGUCCAACAUUGGGCAGAACGACGUCCACGUGGGCGUCAUGCAGUUCAGCACCAUCCAGCAGCUGGUGUUCCCCCUCAACCGCCAUUUCACCAAAGACGAAAUGCUGCGAGCAAUCGAUGGCAUGCAGCAGAUCGGGGGAGGUACGCACACGGGAGAAGGUAUUACGGCUUUGUCACCGUACUUCGAUGCAUCCCAAGGCGGGCGGCCUAGCGUGAGGCAGAGGAUGGUGGUGGUUACCGACGGAGAAGCUCAAGAUAAUGUCAAAAUCCCCGCUGCGGCCCUGAGACGCAAGGGUGUCGUACCCUACGCCAUCGGGGUGGUGGACGCUAACACCACGCAGCUGCUGGAAAUCACCGGAUCACCAGAACGCGUCUAUGCCCAGAGGGACUUUGAUGCUUUGAAAGACUUGGAGAGUCAGAUGACUUUGGAGAUCUGCGAUCCAGAAAGAGACUGCAAGAAGACCAACAAGGCGGACAUCAUCUUCCUGGUGGACGGCUCCACGAGCAUCACCUUGGACAAAUUCAGAAGCAUGCAAAAGUUCAUGUCGUCCAUGGUCAACCAAACCACGGUCGGUAAAGACCUUACUCGCUUUGGAGUCAUCCUGUUUUCCUCAGACCCCAAAUCAGUUUUCACCCUCAACCAAUACGACUCCAAGCGACAAGUUCUUCAAGCAAUAUCGGCUCUCAAGUCCCCCUACGGAGACACCUACACGGGAAAAGCCUUGAAAUACGCUUUGUCGUUCUUCGACGCCGAAUACGGCGGUCGAGCGGCGCUGAACGUGCCUCAGAUCUUGAUGGUCAUUACCGACGGUGAUGCCACAGAUGGGAACAAUCUGCGUCAACCGUCUUCUGCUCUAAGAGACAAGGGCAUCAGGGUGUUCAGUAUCGGAGUGGAGGGCGCACUCAGAAACCAGCUGGAGAUCAUGGCUGGGGAUGACUUGAGCCGAGUCUUCUACGUGGACAAUUUUGCCGCUCUGGAGACUUUGCACAAGAACAUCACGAAUGUUCUUUGCAACUCAACAAAACCAGCCUGCGAGAAGCAGAAAGCCGACCUGAUCUUCCUGAUCGAUCAGUCGGGCAGUAUCAACCCUCAAGACUACACCAUCAUGAAGACCUUCACCACACAGCUCGUGGCCAGCUUCAAAGUCAGCCAGGAUUUAGUGCGAGUCGGACUGGCGCAGUUCAGUGACAUUUUCCAGCACGAGUUUUACCUGAACCAGUUUUUCACUUACGAGUCGGUGACCAACCACAUCAUGGGUAUGAACCAGCGCGGCGGCGGUACCUUGAUCGGACGCGCCCUGGAUGCCAUCAGGGGUCACUUUGAGGAAUCGCGGGGCUGCCGCCGGUCGGCCGGGGUCUCCCGGAACUUGGUGCUGAUCACGGACGGAGAGUCCCAGGACGACGUGCAGGAUGCCGCGGAGCGCCUCAAAGCUCUCGGCGUGGAGGUCUUCGUCAUAGGCGUUGGCGACGUCCACGACCUGCAACUCCUGCAGAUCACUGGGACACACGACAGACUCUUCACCGUUGAGAACUUCGGUAGUUUGGAAUCGAUCAGACAAAAGGUGGUCAACACCAUAUGUAAAUCCAAACCCAUCGAACAGCAGAAAAGCUGCAGCGUCGACAUCGCCAUGGGCUUCGACAUUUCGAAAAGAACUGGACUUCCCGGUGAGAUGUUGAUCAGCGGUCACAACAAGCUCAGGACCUUCCUCCCCGAGAUCGUCCAUUACGCCUCCACCAUCCAGGGGCUGUGCUGCACAACCCCGGACCCGAUCAAGACCAACAUCGGUUACAGGGUGGUGGGUCAGGAUGGGCGACCCCUCUACGACUUCAAGUUCAAACCCUACGACCCCGACGACGACGUGUUGACCAAGGUCAUGACUUUGAAUUUGAAUGUUCCCACGCGCCUCGACAGCGCCAUGCUGAGGUCCUUCGGGGAGAAGUUUAAGGACGACUCCCGAGGCGGGGUGAAGGUUCUGAUCAUCUUCUCAGAUGGACUAGAUGAAGACGUGAUGAAACUGGAGUACGAGUCAGAUCUGCUGCGACAGUCUGGUGUCGACGCACUGCUGAUGGUGGGCCUGGAGGGGGCGCCGGACCUGGCUCAGCUGCAAAUGUUGGAGUUCGGCCGGGGGUUCGGCUACAAGCUUCCGCUCAGCAUCGCCAUGCAGAGCGUGGGCAGCACCGUACUCAAGCAGAUCGACACCGUGUCCGACCGCAAGUGCUGCAACGUCACGUGCAAAUGCUCGGGACACGAAGGCGUCCGCGGAUCUCGGGGUUCCCUGGGGGCAAAGGGGGCGGCAGGCCAGACGGGUUACCCGGGUUUCCCAGGAGAGGAGGGCGUUCCUGGCGGGCGUGGCGGUCCUGGACCAAGUGGACCUCAGGGGGUCCGAGGCUGCCCCGGGCUCCGAGGACCGAAGGGCUCCCGAGGCCUGCGCGGCAAUCGGGGCGAGAACGGUGAAGUGGGACUGGACGGCGUCAACGGGGACCAGGGCGUGUCGGGACAAGAUGGCAGUCGAGGAGAGCGAGGACAUCCAGGGAAUCCGGGCAUUCCCGGCAUCCGAGGGGAGGCGGGGCUAAAGGGACAGCGAGGCCUGAGAGGAGAUCCGGGAGAACCGGGACGGGACAACACCGUGCCGGGGCCCAAGGGAGACGUCGGGAAUCCCGGUUUGCCGGGAGAACCGGGUCUAGACGGGAGAGCCGGAGAAGCCGGCAUCCCAGGGAACUCUGGGCCUGAUGGAAGACGAGGACCCCUUGGGGAGAAGGGUGCUGCGGGAGCUCCCGGAGAUCCUGGAGUGUCAGGAAGUCCUGGUGCUUCAGGUCCUCAGGGCCCCAGAGGGGUCAGAGGCCAACCCGGACCAAGAGGGAUCCCUGGACUUCCUGGGCCACAGGGGGCGCCGGGUUCACCGGGCGGGGCGGGCUCCACGGGCCGACGCGGUGGUCACGGUCAGAAGGGACAACCCGGAGAUCCGGGCGUGCGGGGUGUCCAGGGAACGGCGGGACCCCGGGGGGCGCCGGGCCAGGACGGCAGAGACGGAUACGGCCCGGCUGGCCCGAAAGGCAUCAAGGGAGAUGCAGGCUUCCCCGGUUAUCCCGGUUUAGUGGGUGAGAACGGACUGCAAGGUCCUAAAGGCCUACCGGGACGCAAAGGCAACCAAGGUCGCGGGGGUAACUCGGGUCGUCCUGGGGACGCGGGUAAGCCCGGAGAGCCGGGUUACGAGGGACACAAGGGCCCGCGAGGUCCCCCUGGAGGUAAAGGCAAGACGGAGUGCGAGCUGAUCACGUUCAUCCGCGACAACUGCGCUUGCUCCACUGACUUGGGCUCUUGCCCCGCCCUCCCCACGGAGCUGGUGGUGGCGCUGGACAUGUCCGAGGACGUGACGCCGGUGGCCUUCGAGCGCCAGCGCUCGGCGCUCCUGUCCCUCCUAGAGGACGUCACCGUGGCCGAGAGCAACUGCCCCACGGGGGCCCGCGUGGCCGUGGUGGCCUACAGCGCCCACACCAAGUACCUGAUCCGCUUCCACGACUACCGGCGCAAGACGCAGCUGCUGGAGGCCGUGAGGAACGUGGCGCUGGAGCGCACGUCCAACCGGCGCCAGCUGGGCGCUGCCAUGCGCUUCGUGGCCCACAACGUGCUGAAGCGCGUGCGCUCGGGCGUCAUGAUGAGGAAGGUGGCCGUGUUCUUCUCCAACGGGCCGCCGCAGGACGUCGGCGACGUGGUGACGGCUGUCAUGGAGUACCGCGCCCUCAACGUGGUGCCCGCCGUCAUCUCCCUGAGGAACGCCCCCGCCGUCAGUCGGGCCAUGGAGCUGGACGAUACAGGAAACUCCAUCUUCACUGUGCUGGGGCGGGACGUUGCCACCAAUUUGAGGAAAGUGAAGAACUGCGCCAUCUGUUACGACCCGUGCCGGCGUGCGCAGGAGUGCGGGUUCAUCCAGGAGACGCCGCCGCCGCAGGUAGUUGAGGCAGACGUGGUGAUGCUGGUGGACGGCUCCCGCGAGAUGCAGGCCGACGAGUACGCCGGCGCCCAGCAACUUUUGGGCUCCCUGGUGGAGCAACUGGCGGUCAGUCCCGAGCCGGGUCGGGCCGACACCCGCGCCCGCGUGGCCGUGGUCCAGCAGAGCGGCGUCCGGGGCACCAAAGUGGAGUUCGGCCUGCAGUCGUACCAGGACCAGCGGCUCAUGAGCUCGCACCUCCUACAGAACAUGCGCCAACAGGGCGGCUCCUCCGCUCUGGGGCACGCCCUGGACCUCGGGGUGAGGGAGGCGAUGACGGCCAGCAACGCCCGCAGGAGGAGGGUGGUGCUGGCCGUGGUGGGCACCCGGACGGCGCCCGAGGACCAAGAAGUGCUGCGCGCCGCCGUACAUAAGGCCAAGUGCCAGGGGGUGGCGCUGUUUGUGGUGACGGUGGGCGAGCGCUACGACCGCGAGCAGGUGGAGGCCGUGGCCAGCGAGCCCACGCAGCAGCACCUGCUGCACCUGGGACAGCUUCACCACGAAGAGCAGGACUAUGCCAAAAGGUUCUUCAGGGUCUUCAUGGCUGCGCUCAACAAGGGCGUCAACUCAUACCCGCCGCCAUCUUUAAAGCAGAUUUGCCAGCAGACGGGUCACAAUGGAGGACAGAUCUUCGUUGACGGUCAGGGGUACGCGGAGGAGUUUGCCGACCAGCCGCAGGGAAAGCCGAGCGACCGGUUUCAGGAACAGACGGGACAGACGGAUGCCGUCCACACGCUGAGCCCAGAAGACGACGAACCAAUGCCGCAGUCCAGCGACGCCGACCUCGAAGACCCAUGCCUGCUGGGCAAGGACGCGGGCAGCUGCGAGGACUACGCCACGAUGUGGUUCUACGACAGCGAGAGGCGGCAGUGCGAGCGCUUCUGGUACGGCGGCUGCGGCGGAAACGCCAACCGCUUCAGCACCCUGGAGGCCUGCCAAGACGCCUGCGUGGCCGACGCGGCCUGAAGGGGGCGCUGCAGCCGAAUGUGACUCUUUUGCCAACUUGAAACCUUUGUGACAUGAUUGUUAUUGCGUCGGUGCUUGUGUGACCUGACCAACAUUCAUUUUGCUUUUAUGUACCAUAACAUCUGUCAACUUCGCAUUCCAAAGUUCCACAAAAUUCGUUUUUCCCCAUUGUCUGUACAAUACCGCCCCCUGGUGGGCAAGGCACACACACUAGAAGGAGGAGCACAGCGUCCAUUGAAUUAACUGUUGAAAGGGAGCUCGAGCUUGACAUCAUAAUUGUUUGUAUUAAUAAUUACGGUGAACCCCCAUUUAUCGCAGUAGAUAUUUCAUCCAUCGUUGAAGUGCAACAUAAUGAAACCACUUAAAAAGUGCAGUGGCUGUUGUUUUUAUGUACUUGUGUGAUUAUUAUUUUUUUUGUCAUUCCUGCUAUGCAGAACAUGGCGUUGUAUUUGCCCCUUUUGGCCACCACAAAAAAGAAAAAGUUUUAAAAUGAGUUUUACCUCUCCUACAUGCUUUGAAUGUAUUAAAACAGACUUUUUAAAGUA